GACAAGGAGAGGGACUUCCAGCAGACGGCCCGUCAGCAGCAGGCGCGCGAGCAUGAGCUCCGUGAGAGGGAGCGAGCUGUUUUGCAGCAUGAGAAGGAACUGAGCAAGAGGCCGCUCGCUCCUGCAACGUCUCCGGGAUCCACAAAGGUUGCGCAGAUGCCGGAAGAUUUCGUGCAGGUCCCGCAGCGUGCGCGAGCCAGGCAACGACAGCCGCCAGGCCCUUCUGAUCGAGCUGCGUCCCGAGAAGUCCCAGUGCAGGCCAAGCGAAAGAAGCGCGUGCUGUCGGACUACAAGAGCCAAGAUGAGCAGCGGUGGGGCUGGUACCAGCAUUCCGCAGAGAGGAAGCGUGAAAGUGCGGCAGCGACAGAACCACUGUCGCAGCCACAAACUACGCAAGAAGUCUGCAAAGAAAGAAGGUUAAACGAGCUGCUGCAGAAGGCCUCUCGAAAACAAGGGAGGCCUGAGGUGGCACUAGAAGAAGUACGACGCGAUGUGGCAGAAAGACCUGUUGAACAUCCCCCAGCAGGAAAAGACGACAGAGGCAGCUGGGCUUCUGUGCCGGAGCAGGCAGAGGAUCACGUUCCAGAAGAACCUUUGAUGUUCCACGCUAGCCAGUCUGAAGAAGCUCCCGCCGAAGAGCAGGAGCCGGCGGAAGCUCUAGAAGACUCGAGAGCGCUUUUCCACUCCGGGCUUGGGCAAGAAGCACCAGAAACAGGCCGCAUGACACUGGACCUUGGAGAGCUGUUGGAUGCAGUUUCCAAAGGCCUUGACCCUUUGGAGGUGGAGCAGACGAAGCGCCAGAAGCAGCACUUGGAGGACUUUGCUUCGGCGGCGCCGGGGGAUGGAGACGAAGACGUCUCUGAGCCUGAGGCGCCUGAAGAGAUCAACUGGAGCUGUGACGAAGCAGAAGUGGAGGAAGUGCCGCAGGCUGUGCCAAAGGCUGUGCCAAAGCCGAAGCCUAUGCCCUCUGCGCCUCACGAAGAAGAUGCCAUGCAGCCACCGGCCAAGGACAUAGCUCCUCCAGAGCCAGCGAGGCUCAACCAGUCGGGGCCAGCCAGGCCGCUUUUGAUGGAAAGUGGCUCCAUUGCCACCUCAGAGGUAGAGGAAGACUUGAAUAAAAUGCCAGACAGCGCUUACGAUCUGCACCUUGAAGCUGAAACGGAUGCUGCCGACCAAGCUGACGUGCAUCAGUCACAGGAGCUUCUUGCUGAGGCCGAUGGGGCCCUAGAUAUGGAGGAUGCGGGUCCGGCAACCCUGGAGCCACCGGAGCCCGUGCUCACAGGUCGCCAGAAGAAGCAAAAGUGGAUGGAAAAGAGGUUCCCUGGCCUCCCCGUGAAAGGUGCCUCGAAGGGUGGCCAGAAAGGCCAGAAACAGCCGCGCGCGGAGGCCAGGAGUCAGGUUUUGCCCAGGCCUUGGCCCAAGCGGGGAAGCUCCAGGCCCCCGGUAGUGAGGCGCCUCCUUCCGAAGGAGGAGUGGGCAUACCGGCCCUUGCCAACUCGAAGAGUUGUCGAAGGCUACUCUAAAGUCUUGCUUAAGGAGUUUGCACAGCUGAACCAGCUGCCAGAUGUCAACAGCCUGUUGCCACCCUUGUAA